GAUGCAUUCUAUCAUUGAAAUCAUGGGGACAUCGUGAAACAUCAUCCCUCUUUCCAUCCGCAACCAUAAAACAUGCAUUCUAAUAUAGCUUGCUUGUCCGUGUUUACUGUAUUACAAUACCUGGGUUACACAUAACUUUGAAGAUAAAGGUGACAUGGUUAGGAAUCAGCAAACUGACUAUUACCCGAUCGUCAAUUUCAAGUGCUUCUUUUAUCCCCUGCUUCAUAUCGGUGGAUCCCUAUCAACACAAUCUGUGAUUGCGAUUUUGUUGAUGACUAGGAUGUAAUUCGGAUGAGUUUAUGCCAUGUGAGCUACAGGCCUCGCAAGGUAUUUCGAUAAUGUAUCCUGACUAGGUAGAGUAGGGGAGACAGAGCUUCGUGCAUUAAUGUUGCAUCAAGUUUCCCACUUGAUUGACUAUUCCUUUUUUGGGCAGAAGGAAAGGGUUUCUGGGGUUGGCUUGACACCUGCAUUGCUUGCUCGACGCACUAAGAAUAAAUUCCACAGCAUAGUUUCCGAUUCUUUGCCUGAUACUUUCUUUAGGUAUGCUAUUUUUCUUCUGGCAACAAUGUGCUUAUACAAUACAUGGGCGAAUAUGUCAAGCAGGGUAUUGCAAGAUCUCGUGUGCAAACUGAGUGAAGUAGGAAUGGCCAUAGAGUACCUACCUGCUGCAAGUUCAGUUUUUGGAUGAAGCAUGGAAGAUGAGUUAGCUCAAGAAGGCCAACCUUGCAUUUACCAAGAUUACUGUUUGUUGCAAGUGUCGCAGCCGUAGCUGCUACUUUCCAUGUUUAACUGUCAUGAGAUGGAGGACUGAUCUCAAUCAGAACUUGUUUUCUUCCCUUCUGACUGGUCACCAGCUACUUCAGUAAUAGGCUAACUGAUGGAAGUUGUCAUUGAUGUGGGAAUUAGUUCAUCUUGCUUUAAUUUUCAUUAGUUAACAUUCUACAGCUGACUUGAGUCUUGCAGAAGAAGACUGAGGUGGAAGAUUCACUUCACCAUUGGCUUCAUUUGUUUCAUCAGCUACUUAUUCCUUGUCUUGGGAUCCAACUCCAACUUUUAGAUGGAUCUGUAUUUUGCUUCUUUUUUUUAUUUAUUUGUGGAACAUCUCAUGUAGAUAAUAACAUUCAAGCAUUGAACACUGUUACAAUUGGUUUUGUUGAUUCACUUUUUUCAUUUAGAGAGAUUGGGGUUCAAGUCUCCUGCCCUCGUGUUUUAAGAGGAAGGCGCUAUGGCGAUCGUACUAAGUGGCACACAGCUCAUCACUGUCCCUACGAAGCAUAAAAUUUGGCCAAAGUCAUCGCCUUUACCUUCAAGACCAGCUGCUCUCUUCUUCUUGAAGCCAUUACUCUGCACCCCAGUCCAGCACGUCCAACAAGACCAGGCUGAUGCAGGAAUUGGUUGUGAACCUUGCAAUGGCAAAGGAUGGUUAGUUUGUGAUUUCUGUAAUGGUCAGAAGACCAACGUUAAAGCGGAAAACAAGCGGAUUUAUCGGCGAUGUCCAACUUGCAGAGCGAUUGGAUUCGUCUUGUGUUCAAAGUGCAAGGUGUUCAAAUGUGUCACAUUCCCAAAUUCUGAUGAUGGCCAAGAGUUGUCUUUGUGAGCCGCCACCUUAUAAUCGUACGAAGUGAAUGAUCUUGAACUGCCGCCACACGAUUCUAUUAAUUAGGUCCAUUCGCCUCUU